CCGCGGGCUGUCCGGGCCGCCCACCCCGCGGGCGCGCCUCUCUGCAGACCAGCGCCGCCCGGCCCGGGACCCGCUCUCUCCCAGCGCGCAGGCUUCUCAGCCGGACUGCGGACGCCGCCCGCUCGCGGCCUCCCGGGUGCUUGCUUUCAUCGCCCGCUCAAGCCACCGUCCCGGUGCCGGCCCGGCGCCCGCAUCCCGCCGGUGUCCGAGCGCAGAACUCGGGCCCCCAGGAGCCUCCUGGCCGUCGGCGGCUCGCGCGCUGGACGCCCUGCUCUCGGGCAGAGGGGAGGGCGGCGGCCGGCUGGGGAUGGGCAGCUCGGCGGCGCGGAGGGGCGCCGGGGGGCUCCGCGCGCUGCUCCUGACGCUGGUUGCCGCCGGGGUCCCCGCGGGCGCUUACAACCUCGACCCGCAGCGCCCGGUGCGCUUCCAGGGCCCCGCCGGCUCCUUCUUUGGCUACGCGGUGCUGGAGCAUUUCCACGACAACACGCGCUGGGUCCUGGUGGGUGCACCGAAGGCAGAUUCCAAAUACAGCACUUCAGUGAAGUCCCCUGGGGCUGUGUUUAAGUGUCGAGUCCACACCAACCCUGACCGCAGAUGCACCGAACUGGACAUGGCUCGAGGGAAGAAUCGGGGCACACCUUGUGGAAAGACCUGCCGGGAAGACCGGGAUGAUGAGUGGAUGGGGGUGAGCCUGGCCCGGCAGCCCAAGGCUGAUGGCCGCGUGUUGGCCUGUGCCCACCGGUGGAAGAACAUCUACUAUGAAACGGACCAUAUCCUGCCCCAUGGCUUCUGCUACAUCAUCCCGUCCAACCUCCAGGCCAAAGGCAGGACGCUGAUCCCUUGCUAUGAAGAGUAUAAGAAGAAGUAUGGAGAGGAACACGGCUCCUGCCAGGCCGGGAUAGCAGGCUUCUUCACUGAGGAACUGGUGGUGAUGGGUGCCCCCGGGUCAUUUUACUGGGCUGGGACUGUCAAAGUGCUGAACCUCACGGACAACACCUAUUUGAAGCUGAAUGAUGAAGCCAUCAUGAACAGGCGGUACACCUACCUGGGCUAUGCAGUGACGGCUGGCCGCUUCUCUCACCCGUCUACCACCGAUGUGGUAGGAGGCGCCCCACAGGAUGAAGGCAUUGGAAAGGUUUAUAUUUUUAGAGUGGACCGAAGAUCAGGCACCCUGAUUAAGAUUUUUCAGGCAUCAGGUAAAAAGAUGGGCUCUUACUUCGGCUCCUCCUUGUGUGCAGUUGACCUGAACAGGGACGGCCUCUCUGAUCUGCUGGUGGGGGCCCCCAUGUUUUCUGAGAUCAGAGAUGAGGGGCAGGUCACCGUCUACAUCAACAGAGGAAAUGGUGCCCUGGAGGAGCAGCUGACUCUGAAUGGGGAUGGUGCCUACAACGCACACUUCGGGGAGAGCAUCGCCAGCCUGGGUGAUCUGGAUGAUGAUGGGUUCCCAGACGUGGCUGUUGGUGCACCCAAAGAAGAUGACUUCGCUGGUGCCGUCUACAUCUAUCAUGGGGAUGCUGGUGGGAUAGUCCCCCAGUACUCAAUGAAAUUGUCCGGGAGGAAGAUAAACCCCGUUCUGCGGAUGUUUGGUCAGUCCAUAUCGGGAGGCAUUGAUAUGGAUGGAAAUGGCUAUCCUGAUGUCACUAUUGGAGCCUUCAUGUCCGACAGUGUGGUUCUUCUAAGGGCCAGGCCGGUCAUUACGGUGGACAUCUCCAUCUUCCUCCCAGGAUCCAUCAACAUCACGGCGCCUCAGUGUCAUGAUGGACAGCAGCCUGUGAACUGCCUGAACGUCACGGCCUGCUUUAGAUUCCACGGCAAACACGUUCCGGGAGAAAUUGGCCUGAAUUACGUUCUGACGGCUGAUGUGGCCAAAAAGGAGAAGGGCCAGCUACCCAGGGUCUACUUUGUGUUGCUGGGAGAGACUGCAGGCCAGGUCUCGGAGAAGCUGCAGCUGGCCCACAUGGAGGAGAAGUGUCAGCACUACGUGGCCCACGUGAAGCGGAGGGUGCAGGACGUGAUCAGCCCCAUCGUGUUUGAAGCCACCUACAGCCUUGGAGCACAUGUGACUGGCGAGGAGGAGAGGGAGCUGCCGGCUCUGACUCCAGUGCUGCGCUGGAAGAAGGGACAAAAGAUUGCCCAAAAGAAUCAGACGGUCUUUGAGCGGAAUUGCCGAUCUGAGGACUGUGCAGCCGACCUGCAGCUCCGGGGGAAACUGUUGCUCUCCGGUGUUGAUGAGAAAACCCCAUAUCUAGCUUUGGGAGCUGUGAAGAAUAUCUCCUUAAACAUCUCCAUCUCCAACCUUGGAGACGAUGCCUAUGACGCCAAUGUGUCCUUCAAUGUGUCCCGGGAGCUCUUCUUCAUCAACAUGUGGCAGAAGGAGGAGAUGGGCAUUUCCUGUGAGCUCCUGGAAUCGGACUUCCUCAAAUGCAGCGUGGGGUUUCCUUUCAUGAGGUCAAAGUCGAAGUAUGAAUUCAGCGUGAUCUUUGAUACGAGCCACCUGUCUGGGGAAGAGGAAGUUCUCAGCUUUAUCGUCACUGCUCAGAGUGGCAACGUGGAGCGCUCCGAAGCCCUGCACGACAACACCCUAACGCUGACAGUGCCACUGAUGCACGAAGUGGACACAUCCAUCACUGGAAUCAUAUCUCCAACCUCCUUUGUGUACGGUGAGUCUGUGGACGCCUCCAACUUCAUUCAGCUGGAUGACCUGGAGUGCCAUUUCCAGCCCCUCAACGUCACCCUUCAGGUCUAUAACACUGGCCCGAGCACCCUUCCUGGGUCAUCUGUCAGCAUCUCCUUCCCCAACCGACUGUCGUCUGGUGGUGCAGAGAUGUUUCAGGUCCAGGAGAUGAUGGUUGGCCAAGAGAAGGGAAACUGCUCUUUCCAGAAAAACCCAACCCCCUGCAUCAUCCCUCAAGAACAAGAAAAUAUCUUCCACACGAUAUUUGCUUUCUUCACAAAGUCUGGAAGAAAAGUCUUGGACUGUGAAAAGCCAGGAAUUUCUUGCCUAACAAUGCACUGUAACCUUAGCGCUCUUGCCAAAGAGGAAAGUCGUACUCUAGACGUUUAUAUGCUGCUGAACACAGAAAUACUAAAAAAGGACAGUUCAUCUGUCAUCCAGUUCAUGGCUCGAGCCACGGUGAGGGUGGAUCCUGCCCUGAGGGUGGUAGAAGUGGCCGAUGGGAACCCAGAAGAGAUGACGGUGGUCUUUGAAGCCUUGCACAAUCUGGAGCCCCGUGGCUACGUCGUGGGGUGGAUCAUUGCCAUAAGUUUGCUGGUGGGAAUCCUCAUCUUCCUGCUGCUGGCUGUGCUGCUCUGGAAGAUGGGCUUCUUCCGCAGGAAGUACAAAGAAAUUAUUGAAGCUGAGAAGAACCGGAAAGAGAACGAAGACAGUUGGGACUGGGUCCAGAAAAACCAGUGACCUGCCACACCAGUCACAUGACCCAAUCACUGGCCUGUCGUCCUUGAUCUUUGUAUCUUCCAUAUUUGGAAGAAAAAAAAAUCUUCUCCAGAUUUUUCGGAGGCCCCACUGAUGCUGUUCUCUUCCUCAUUGUGUCAAACCCAGGUGCCAGGCCCAGGCAGCCACUUCAGCCAGGUCACAUGACCGGAGCCACCACCACUUCCUUCUGAAGACGAACUCUGAACUUUGGAAACGAGCUACAGAGCCGAGCAAUAUUUAUGGAUGCAACAUGCGUGGUCAACCCUCAGGGGAAAACUGUUACCUAAAAGUAUUUUUAUAAAUAUAAGCCUUUUAUACUGAUUAUGUCUUUAUAUUUGUAUCAAUGUUUUAUUAUUUCUAUUAAAUAGUUAUAUAAUUCACUCAAGCACUGAUAUCUGGCCUGAAAUCUUGGAAGUACAUGUAUACAAAAUCUAAAGGACAAAAAUCUUAUUGUACUUUGGAACUUGCUGUUAAAAAAAAAAAAAACAAAACUUGCAGAUAAAAUAAGCUGAAGAAACCUCAUGAAACAAAUCCACUGAGCAAACAGUGCCACACAGAAACUGUGAAUGUGGCAAGACCCCCAAGACACUUCUCAUCUUUAUUGCCUGGAGUCAAGUUUUGGAGUCAUGUGCUAAAGAACUAUAAGUGCUUUUUCAUCUGUACCUUUCGAUAGAAGAUCCUCGACAGGAAUUUGGAUGGAAAACCUGGUUCCUAGCAGCAAGUCUGUUCUGUGUCACCUCUAUGCCGCAGACAUCUCCCCUUCCUUCUGCUUGAAUUGACAGAUGAAAGCUUGGAGCGAUGCCAUUUGGUCAUCUGGUAAACCUCAAGGUGGCAUAUCCUGGACGCCAUGCAUCAGCAUUCGCACACCACCAGGACUCAAUCAGUGCCCCCCCACACAAAGACCUGAUUCUGAAAGCUAUAAGGCAUUGCCUUCCAUGGUCCAUGGUCCCUUUAGUUCAGAGGUCUCCAUUUCCUGGCACUCUUGCAGUGCCAACUCAUGCUAAUUGUAGAUUCCUUCUUAGAGAUGACAUUCAACUGUCCUUUAAUAUUGCUAUGAUUAUUUCAAGCGUUUUAGGUGGAAUUUCCAAGAAGCAGAUGCUGAAACAGGAUUCAUUUGCAAGUAACUUAUUAAGGAAGUGUUAAAGGGGCAGGGGGGUGGAUACCAGUGAGGGAGGAGGGGAAGUAAGACCAGGCAGGGAGGAAGCCAGGCAAAGGGGCCAUUUCAGGGCAAGUUAUGCCUCAGAGUUGUCCCAGCUGGAGACAAGCCAGUGGACCUUUGGUAUUUCCAUAGCCCAGGGACUGGGGAUAGAUAGCUCUCUCCUCCAUAGGGGAGCUGCAGGUGCAGCCUCAACCUAGAAAGACAGACGUGGUGCAAAAUAAAUGAUGCAGAGAUCUGAGCAGAGUACUGAUGUGCCCCUGGUCUCCCACCUGAGUGAAUGCUGAGUUAUGGCCAUCAGAAUGCAAGCUAUUUUGACAGUAUUUGGUGUCAUGCUGCCCAGUUCUAAGUGCAGUGUGAUUCUCUAAAAGGGCACUGACAGGCUGGAUGGAGUGUGCUCAGCAUUGCACCUGGCCCCUGGUGGACACUCAGUAGCCAUGAGCAGCUAUGGCUGCUGUCCCCAUUGCUGGAUAACCAUCUAACAAGACAGAAACUGGGGCUAAGCAGAGGGUCUGAGAAUGGGUCUCAAUGACUUAUUAGAGCCUGCUAAAGCCCCAGCUACAUACAGAUGGUGUCGUCUGGACAUGAAAUUAUAUACAAGAUCAAGAAUCUUUCUUUUAGGACCUUGUUUACUGGACACUAGUAUGCUAGGUGUCUCUGAAUACUGUUGAAAAGACAACUUCAGGGGACACAGGUUUUCUGUACACAUUUCUAUACACUUUCUUGGCUAGUACUUGCAAAUAUAUCUGAAAUUUUGGUCAAAUCAUGAGCGUCCUAGGCAGGUACAACCCUGGUGUGGAGUGUGUGUCUUUUGGUUUCUUGUUAUUUUGCAGUGACUGUGGUACAGGAAGAUAAUGUCAUGCUUCCCUUCCUGGUGAACAUGAGAAUGGACAGCAAAAGCCAUGAGCUAAGCUGAACCUAGAAGUCAGGGAUAUUUCUUCUAACUGUGGGGCGGAGGUAUAGGGUCAGGGCAGGAUCAGGCAAAGAAGCUAGUUCUCACACAGUUUGUGAAUUUUAUCAAAAGCAAUAUGAAGGGCUUGGGUUGCAGCUCAGUGGUAGAGUGCUUGCCUAGCAUGUGUGAGGCACUGGGUUUGAUUCUCAGCAACAUGUAUAAAUAAGUAGAAGUUCAUCAACAACUAAAAAAAUGUAUUUAAAAGGAAGUGUUGGAGUAGGUUUUGCUUGCUCCUUCAGUGGCCACAUAUGGGGGUCCUGCUGUGUGUUGGGCACUGUGAUAGGUGCCAGAGGGUUCCCAGAGAACACCUCAGGUAUGUUGGGCCUCAGCAUGGCAAGCCCUCCUGCCAUGGACGCAGAGUGUGGACUCAGUUAUGAGACUCCAUUUGCAAAUUUCCUUUGGUGGACUCUCAUUGAUUUUGUCAUGCUUUCCUUUGGCAAAUCAUUUAGGAUUCUUAGGUGGUAAACCCAGGACAACUCCAUCAGCAGCUUUGGCCAAACUCAUUUAUCAUCACUAACCUGCUUCCUGCAAAGGGUUCAGACACAUCAGUCACAGUGUAGAAAGGUGACUCGCAAAGCCCUCAGUCCUGCCAGCUAGAAGGCAAAUUCCGGUUUGGGGAAGGGUGGGCCGUCCUGGAGCUGAGAUCCAGGCUUGGUUCUGAAUAGUAGACCUUCUGGACAGCCAUCCAGCCUGUCAGUGUUAGUGACUCUGGAGGUCACUAAGACUCCAUAAGGCAGUUUGUAAGAGAACUAUACUUGAUACUACCAGGAACAAAUACCUGAAGCCAACACCCAAGGACCCAUCUGGGAAAAGAUGGUGCCUCUUGUCAGAUCCUGCUGAGUGGCAGGUGGGGCUACAGGGACUGAGAGGUAGUCCUUUAGCACAGUGAUGGAGAAAGAAGUCAGACAUGUUGGAGUGCUCUGGGCAGUUCACCAGCUCCAGUCCAGCCCAAAGCUCUCCUUAGUCUUGGGGUUAGGGGGAGGCAGGCAGGACUGGCUAGUGUGUCAGUGUUACCUCUCCAAGGAUUCUCUCAAAAUCCCAUCGUGUAUCCCAUUCCACCCUUCUUGCGCUACGAUGAGUUCAUUGUGGAAUCCACACAUAUCCUCUUGGGUACCAUUAUUCCAGUCUGCUUCACCUUUUAGUUGUGUGUUCAUUAUGGUUUUAAUCAUCUAUUGAAGGACUGACAUGCUUUUUAAAUAUGGAAAAGAACCUUUGUAGAUAUUGAGCAAAAUAAUGCCCCUUUUCCAAAAAUGAUUCCCUUAUGUUCAAUUUAUUUAUUACUCAAAGUGAGCCCUGGACUGUCAUCAAGAAGAAGCCAUGAAGUUCAGAUGCAAGGGAUGCUUGUAGGAGGGAGCCAUGUCCACUGGCUUUGUGGUGAUGGACAGGCACAUCCAGAAUCACUGCCACUGAGGUGUCCUUGGGCAGCGAGCACCUCAGGAAACCUCUCUCAGCACUGCCAGUGUUCAGAGGUUCAGCAAACUUUUAGAAAGUUCUCUUCCAUCAAAUCAUGUGUAACCUGCAGUUCUAGAUGCAAAAGUAAGGAGGUUGACAAGAAACAGAAACACCUUUUAGUUGAGUGUUCACAACUAAACACCUGGGGCCUGUCUUCCAUGCACAAUCAUGGUAGAUUUCCCAUGACCCAGGUGCCCGUUGAACCCCAGCAUGGUGGGUUUUUAAAGGUUAUUCAUGACUUUUAUUUUUUGGGUAAGGCAUUAUGGCCAGGUAAUGCAGUUAUGCCUGACUACCUGUGAAAUGUACACCUGGUGAACCAGGCCCAAUUCCCUGGUUCCAGUUUCCCAGAGUUUAUAGGUGCUACAAAGAAUUCUUAUUGGGCGAAUGGGCUAAGGAUGUAACUUAGUGGCAAGGCACUUGUCUAACAUGCGCGAGGCCCUAGAUUCAAUCCCCAGCAUAACAAAAAAAUUUUUUUUGUUUCUUUGCCCAUUUGGGAGAAACGGUGCCUUUAGCAGACAGAAGGCAGAAGUGAGCAUUAUUUCAGAAGUACUCCAUGUGUGCAGUUUUAGCUGAUGUUUCAGUUGGUCUUGUUUUGAUCUAUAGGGUAGUAAUAUAUACAGUCAAGAAUAUUUAAAAGAAAGAAUGGCUAAAGGGAGGAGACAAAGCCAAUAGGGCCACACUGAACCUCCUAGAAUGUCUUCUGACUUUUCAGCACAUGGGAGGAUAAGGAACAAAUUUCCCAACAUGGUGCAAUGCCUUAUAGCACAGUGAUCUAGAUUUCAGACUUUGUUAAGGUGUUUUGCUUUUAAUUCUAAUGUGCACGGUGUGACUGGCAGCGUAAGUUUAAAAGCUUUAAGAGUGGUUAAUUGCAUGGCAGGCACUCACGCGCUCUCCACUUACAGAACUUUCUUGAGGCAUCCAUGUACAUUUCCGCUGAGGAAUCUUGGUGGGAUGGGUGUUCCUCUGUAUGAUGUCUCAUUUAUUAAAGUCUAUGCAGUCACUUCUAAUUCACUUGCACUGUUUGGGAAAUGUCAGGUUUACAAAAAUACAUGUUUGGAAUAAACAAAAAUGACUGCAAAUGA